UUGUGUGUUACAUGCACAAUAUGAUGCUGUGGUGGUAGGAGAUUCUCCCCCCAACUCCCUCAACCUAUCAUAGCCGUAUGUUAAUGAAGGGUCUGGUAAUGUCGUGAGUCGUCGUGAGUUUAGGUUCUGGAGAAGUUGCGUCUCACUGUUCAUAGUGAAGUUCGGAAAAUGUGUCGAGAGGUGGGUGGUCAAAUCAAAAUGGAGCUGGAUAAAGAUGCUGUCAGUGUCAUUGCUGAACUUGUAUGGAGGAAGAUGUGUGUGAUCAGCCAGGACUUGGAACAUUUUGCAAAACAUGCCAAGCGUUCAACAAUUAAUGCAGAGGAUGUAAAACUUCUUGCAAGACGAAAUCCUUCUCUGCGGGCAAUAGUGUGUCGUAUGGCUGAUGAUGCAGUAAAGAAAAAGCGUCAGAACAAAGAAAAAGCCACAGAAGAUUUAUCGUAAGCUGAAUAAAGUUUGAGGACAGUAUCGUCUUGUUGAGGUUAGUCACCCGUGAAUGUCAGUAGGCUAUCUUACGUCAUUCAUGUCUGAAAGCCCUCCAUCUUGUGACAAGAAUGUUUAUUUUUGUGCAUUCUUUAUGAAGUGAAUUUGUAAUGAAAAGUUUCUGUUCAUUCCAGACUGCAUAUUUCCAUGAAAUUUUGUAUGUAAUGUGUACAUUAAAAUUGUCAUGCAAAAUUCAUUCUAUCCACUUUGGACCAUGAUGGCCUAUAUUUUACUUCUUGGUAAAAUAGUUUUAAUUUUAAAAUAACAUAAAUGGCUGAGGUUUGAGAGCUUUUAACAUUUAUUUGUGUCAGUUUUUGGUAUGAUGAUGUAUUUGCCCUUUCCCAUACUUUUUAUUUCCAACCUUACAUCUGGUCAGCUACAGUUUAGUUUGUGCAGAAAUUUAUAAGGGAUAGAGAAUUUCUUUGGCAUUUUUUAACAUUGAAAAUGUUACUAUGCAAGGGUGCAAGUGGAUGAAGCUGAAAGUGACACUGAGCAUAACACUUGUGCAACCUCUUAUGUAACCACUGAUAACUCAUGACCUGUGGUGUAUAUUAUGUUAAAAGCUAUAUGUAAAUGAAAGAAUAAAGACUGGGCUAUCCAAAAAUGAUGUUUAUUUUAUUCCCAAAAUGAAAUUGUACAUUGUUUAAACAAUUACCCAAAACGUAAUAAUUUUCCUAAUUUUACAGACUUUCAACAGCCUGCCACGGCUAAACCAUAAGACAUAUUGUGAGUGAAAUAUGUUAAUAAAUGCGAGCUUCUCAAAAAUGCAGUCUGUUUUAGUCCACCACUUACGGUUUAGGAGUUAUAACCAUUUGUUUGUAACAAAUAUGGCUAAUUCAAUUCCACUGCUUAGUGGAUGACACAAUUCUAUAGACAAGCUGCCAGUGUAUGAUAUCACGCACUAAUAAGAUGUCUGCUGGUAAUAUUCAUGCUGCAUAUAUGAGAGAAUACAGGAAAAGGAAGCGCUUAGAAGAAGAAAAUUGUAAUCACAUACCCAAGUGAACAAAGUUACAUGCCGAACGACAGCGUGAAUAUAGAGAAACACAUAAAAACUUAUCUACUGAAUACAUGCGUGAUUACAGGCUGAAAAGCCCAUCUUGCUGGCGACUGCAAUUUUACAGUACUCUUUAAUUAUUCUUGUAUAAAAGUAAAGCUUUAACUUUUAGCUAUGCUUAAAAUAAGUAUAUAUUAAUUCUGUUUUAACAUAAAAAAUUUUAGCAUAUACGAUGGGGUACCCAAAAGAAACCGAACUAAUUUUUUUGUGGGCACAGCUUUUGUAGUACCGCAUUUUGCAGCUAUGAGCGCACAGAGCUAACAUUCCUGAGUCCAUAAGCCGACUACCGUUGCUUCAGAAGGUAAGGACUAGUUUCGGCAGAGUUUAUA